CAAAAUGGGGUUGAAGCACUUCCUCACCCUCAUUUGCAUACUCAAUCUCCAUCUCUUACACACAUUUGCAGAUGAUAGCACCAACACAAGCACCUUAGAGACAUACAUAAUCCAUGUCGAUGUAAACUUCGGGUUUUUCGCUCGAUUCAAAGAUUUGGAGAGCUGGUACACCUCAUUCUUGCCAACAUCAAUCUCACACGGGCGAAGAAGAAUCGUCUACUCAUACCGCAACGUGUUCAAAGGCUUCGCCGCAAGAUUAUCGGCUGACGAAGCAAAAGCCAUGGAGAACAACCCGGGUUUCAUCUCGGCUGAGCCCGAAAGGAAAUUGGACAAGCACACAACGCAUUCACCAAACUUCUUGGGCUUGAACCAAAACAUGGGCUUUUGGGAAGGUUCAAACUAUGGUAAAGGUGUGAUCAUAGGUGUCUUGGACUACGGAAUUUUUCCAAGUCACCCUUCAUUUAGCGACGAGGGGAUGCCGCCCCCUCCCGCCAAGUGGAAGGGGAAGUGCCAGUUCAAUCAAACUGCGUGCAAUAACAAGAUCAUCGGCGCUAGGUACUUCGACUCUUUCGACAAUAGCCCGUUGGACGAAGAUGGCCACGGGACCCACACGGCGAGCACCGCCGCUGGAAGCUUUGUGGCGGGCGCCAAUGUGUUCGGAAACGCCAAUGGCACGGCCUCUGGCAUCGCCCCUAUGGCCCACCUAGCCAUCUACAAAGUGUGUUCCUUGUUUUGCUUCGAAAGCGACAUACUUGCCGGGAUGGAUGCUGCUAUUGACGAUGGAGUGGAUAUACUUUCUAUCUCUCUCGGAGGGCGUUCGCGCGAUUUCUACCGUGAUAGCAUUGCGUUAGGCGCAUUUAGCGCCAUGGAGAAGGGCAUAUUGGUCAGUUGUUCGGCCGGGAACCGUGGCCCAUUCAACUUCUCAACACAAAAUGAAGCUCCGUGGAUCCUUACAGUCGGUGCUAGUACUAUCGACAGAAAGAUCAGGGCAACAGCCUUGCUCGGAAACAACGUAAGUGUUGAUGGUGAAACGCUUUUUCAGCCAUCAGAUUUUCCAUCGACGUUGUUGCCUCUCGUUUAUGUCGGAUCCCUUAACACUAGCGAUACCGAUAUUCAAUAUUGUACCCCUGAAUCGUUGACCAAAAUCAAUCUCCGAGGGAUGAUAGUGGUUUGCGAAUCGGGCUUGGUGACGGAAGUUUCAAAAGGUGAGGCGGUCAAGACUGCCGGUGGGGCCGCCAUGAUUCUGGUGAAUCAUCGGCUUUACGCAAACAUGACCUUCUCGGACGCCCACGUUCUUCCAGCCACAGACGUCGGGUACGCCGACGGAUUAAAGAUUAAAACCUACAUAAACUCAACCACCACACCAAUGGCAACAAUAUUGUUCAAGGGUACUAUAAUCGGCGACGAACGGGCCCCAGUAGUAGCGGCCUUUUCUUCCAGAGGGCCCAACAGUGCAAGCCCCGGCAUCCUAAAGCCCGACAUUAUAGGUCCCGGAGUCAACAUUCUUGCAGCUUGGCCAAUCUCGAUCGAGAACAACACCAACACGAAUGCCACAUUCAAUAUCAUCUCCGGCACCUCAAUGUCGUGCCCGCACCUGAGUGGCGUGGCGGCGUUGCUCAAAAGCGUGCACCCUGAUUGGUCGCCCGCAGCUAUAAAAUCCGCGAUCAUGACCACGGCCGACGUUGUGAACCUAGCCCAAAAUCCGAUCGAGGACGAAAGGUUCGUUCCGGCGACCAUAUUCGCCACAGGUUCGGGCCAUGUGAACCCAUCUCGGGCCAGCGAUCCGGGCCUCAUUUACGACCUCAAAUCAGAAGAUUACGUCCCAUACUUGUGCGGCUUGAACUACACGAACCGACAGGUCGGCUCUAUUUUGCAACGGAGAGUGAAUUGCUCGGUGGAAUCCAUAAUAGCAGAGGCACAGCUCAACUACCCCUCAUUCUCCAUCUCUUACGAUAGCUGGCAGCCGAUUUCUCAGACAUAUACGAGAUCGGUUACAAACGUCGGCGUGCCUGUGUCGUCGUACGUUGUCGAGAUUGUCCCGCCGCCGGGGAUUGGUGUGCUCGUCGAGCCCACUACCCUCGACUUCACCGAGGUUAACCAGAUACUGCAGUAUCAAGUGACGUUCACCAGACUUGAACCUACCACGAAUACUACAGUUUACACUCAAGGUUACCUGAAAUGGAAUUCCGGCAAGUACUCCGUUAGGACUCCGAUUGCCGUUAUACUGCAGUGAUUAUGGAACCCCGUUUUACGCAGAAAACUGCUGAAUAAGAAUCUAUCUUCAACUGAUUUUUCUAUUGGAGGUGGUGGUGAGCAUGCACUACAACACACAUGCUGGAUUGUUAUCUUCUUUUUUUUUUUUUGUUUCUCAACUACUACAUUGUUUUACAUUCAUCUGGUUUGCAAUUUAUGUGAUUGAUCUUUUGACAUGUAUGAUAAUCGAUUGGCUUCUUUCAUUUCAUUUUUUGGUCGUGAGAUUAUAUAGUUACUAAUUAAUAAUCCAAAUUCGGAAGAA